AUGCCCAACCCGCCAUCCGUCCUGAGGGGCAGGGAAUCGCUCAAAACACGCCAUCUCGAAGGUAGAGCGAGAUCCAAAACGCAUCGCGGGACAUGGGUCAUUCAAAACGCUACCACGAAGCGGAAUGCCCAACCCGCCAUCCGUCCUGAGGGGCAGGGACUCGCUCAAAACACGUCAUCCCAAAGGCAGAGCGAGAUCCUAAAACGCAUUGCGGGACUUUGGCCAUUCAAAAAGCUACCACGAAACGGAAUACCCAUCCCGCCAUCCGUCCUGAGGAGCAGGGACUCGCUCGAAACAUGCCACCCAAAGGGCAGAGCGAUGCCCCAAAAACAUUAUGAUACUACCCCUUACGAGAUCCGCAAACGCAAGAAGAGGGAAUAA